CUUGCAGACGGAUGUCGGGCGUGAAUUUGAAAGCUGUGGAGGCAAUGGUGUUACGAAUUAAUAGAAUAGUUUGUUUGAAUUGGACAUUGGGCACAAGAAAAGUUAACGAUAUGUUUUGCAAGAGCUAUGUUGAGAAGUGUUCGUCAUACAAAUCUGAAUUAGACAAAUGGUGUAUAAUCAUUCAGCAGACAAUCCUUCUUUAAAUGACUGUCUCGCAAUGUUUCGUACUCCUGCUUGUUAUUAAUGCAUGAUGUAAGAUGGGUGUGUAUCUGGGACUUCUUUUGUGGAGAACUAAGUGUCUGGUGUUGUGUAUAUUCAUGACAUUCAUGCUUGGAUGCUUUAUUGCUUUGACACCAAUUACUUCGGAUGUCUGUGACUGUGCGGAUAAACAAUCAAGUGAUUUAACGGAACGGAAAACCGAAGAACAAACGUAUCAGACAGAGGGUGACAAAGCUAAACAUAAACUAGCGGUGCUAGUUCCUUUUAGGGACCGUUUUGACGAACUUUUGGAAUUUGCCCCUCAUAUGCACAAGUUUUUGAAAAAGCAGAAUAUAAAUCAUCAAAUAUUUGUAUUAAAUCAGAUCGACAGUUACCGAUUCAACCGUGCAGCGUUGAUCAACGUUGGAUUCCGAGAAGUGUGCCCAGAAUGUGACUACAUUGCAAUGCAUGACGUUGAUCUUCUCCCACUUAAUUCACAACUGUCAUACGGAUAUCCAGAGAGUGGUCCAUUUCAUGUGGCAUCUCCACAGCUGCAUCCACGCUACAACUACUCAACAUUUGUUGGAGGAAUAUUGCUAAUUAAGAGGGAGGAUUUCCAAAAAGUCAAUGGAAUGAGCAAUAAAUAUUGGGGCUGGGGUUUGGAAGAUGAUGAAUUUUAUGUUCGCCUAAAAGAAGCCAAGCUUCAGAUAUCUCGUCCUCAAAAUAUUACUACAGGAAAAAACAAUACAUUUAGGCACAUGCAUGAUCGUGUAAGACGGAAACGUGAUAUGACCAAAUGCUUCAAUCAGAUUCAGGUGACACGGCACCGUGAUUUGGAGACUGGCAUGAAUACUGUUUCAUAUAAACUUGCAGAAGUAAGACAGAUGAGUAUCGAUGAUGCUCCAGUUACAGUUCUGAAUGUGAAGCUCCACUGUGAUAAGCUACUGACUCCAUGGUGUGAGUGUGGUUCAAACAAUCCCUCAGUACAACGAACUGCGACAGCCAGCAAGCUGAAGAAAUCUGGAUAGUAAAAUGCUAAAGUACAAAUAUGUUGACAUUGUUUUCAGUACAGUAUUAUAUAACAUUUUGUAAUAGUGAGUUGACAAUAGUCAUUUUGUGUUAAGAUUGGAACAGGCGUAAUAUGAAGGUGUUUUGUAUUGUACUUUUUGUAUUGUUUACUACCUAGAAGUAUGCUACUUUAUAUUGUGUACCACAUGUUUAUUUUCUGUUAAUUUUUCAUAUAAUGUUUUACACUUCUAAAUACAUGUAAUGUUACCUUUGCACACAAAUAUAAUGUGCAUCAGAAGCUUUAAACAUAAUGUUCAUUGUAUUUGUUGCUACUUUGAUGUUGUACUCUGCAUAUUUUAAGAGAUUGAUAGGUAGAGAAAUAUGCUGUAUGAUAAAUGUGUUACCUUUUUAUAAUUACCCUUUCUGUUUUGUUUGUGCCAAUUUAAAAAUUUGUGGAAUGUGUUUUAGACAUAGGUGCAAUGCCACUUUUUGUCCAUAUGGCCUUUCUUUCACGUGAAGUUUUGAAAGAGGACAUUAAACAAUUAACAUGUGAAAGUAAGAAAAAUGAAUGUUUAAUGUGUUAAAUAAGGUGUCCUGGUGCAUAAUAUUUCUGGAAGUAGACCGGAAAUUGUUAUUCAAAGGAGCAACGUCAUAUUUCAAUAGUACCUGAACACAGAGCAGUAGACACUCAGCUUUUUUAUCAGAUGUAGCUGCUGUGUUGUCAAGUGUUCUCAUGAUGAUACAGUGAAUUGAAUAAUUCUGUUUGUCGUGUGACUGUGAUGUUGUCAUGCCUUGUACUGGUUGUUGAUAUGACAGUCAGGUGCUCAAUGGGCAGGAUGAAUAGUAUCAGCGCAGUUAGAUUGUGUGUGUCAGACACAAAGAACAUUCUAUAUUAGAAAUGCAGGCGCUGGGCUUUUGACAUGCCACUGAGUCAAGGAUGUACAGAGAGUGCCUCACUUUCGCAGGUGGGUGAUGGAUGAAACGAUGUGUUGAUGGCUGAAUUGCUGUCAACAUAUACAGAUAGUAAUACAGAACAGAAGCCAUAAUGAACAAAAUCUCUUGCCAACUACCACUGGCCAGCACCAAAAUCAUCCACUAGUUUGGUGAGACACUGUGCUGCACCAUUACCUCAGCUAACCACAAGGCACUGAGAUUAGUGUAGGCACAGAAACAUAACAUAAAGGACUUGAAAAUUGGAGAAAGGCCACCUGGUGGGUGAU